AUGCACGUCGACGCCGACGCCGACCUGCACGACGUCUUCCGCAUACUCUACGACGGAGACGAGUGGGCCUCCGACAACGAUGACGAGGAUGCUGGUGAUGAGCAGCAGCUCGGCGAAGGUGUGCAGACAGCCACCUCGACCGAGGGUUCUAUACACUCGCGGCGAUACUCGAAGGCGCGCUUUGUAACUGCCCUCGAUGCGCUCGUCGCUCCAUCGUCGACACCGACUGUCCCGGCCAAACGACGCAUCUACGCGGUCCCGCAACCCACAUCUUCUGUCAUCUCAUCCACUGCCCCGCUCCCAGCCGACCUCAACGGCAAGACGUAUGCCCCCUACUCACCACUUCCCCUCCUGGCUCGCGUGCGCACAUUCCCACCGACGUUUCCCUCGUCAUUACCGGGCCUCUCACCGAUGACGCUGGCGCUCGCGGGAUGGACGUACGCGCACGGCGGCGUCGUCUGCGCCUCCUCGUCGACGUGUGAGAAAUGGGGUUUGGGCGGCCUCGAGUCGCUCCCCUCACGAUCACGGGACGAGGUGGUCCGCCGCCUCGCGUCGUCGUUACCGCAACGCCACACGCUCGAGUGCGGCUGGCGUACCCGCGCGUCGCCGGCGACGCUCCCCACCCAGCUCCGACGACUGGCGCACCCGCUCGUCACGGCCAGCCUCGAGCCGCUAGCGGCGGCGCUGCAGGCGCGCUCCAUCGGCCCCGAGCCACCGCGCUGGGCGUGUCCCGUGUCCGCGUCCCAGCUCGCGACGCUCGCGGCCGGUCUGGAACGCUACGCCGCCGCCGUCCACGGCGCCACGCUCGCGAUUGACCCCCUCGCCGCGGCACUGGCCCUCUUCGGAUGGUAUCCCUACGACCCCGUCGCGCCGGCCAACCACGUCGCAGAGCAGGAACACGGCCAUGGGCACGCACAAGGACACGGACACGCGGCGCAUACAGACAUUGUGGCGUGCCGCCUGUGUCUCCGGCGUGUCGGGCUGUGGACGUUCACUGCGACGGCCGCGUCCAGCGAUGAGGAGAGGAAGUUUGACGUCGAGGGCGAACACCAGUAG